AUGGCCCAGUUCUCUAUCGCAACUCGGCCUCCUCUCACAUUAUCGCAGCUCGUAACCUUCAGCUCCCCUCCUAUGGAAGCGUCACCGCUCACUCGCCAGCCUCAGCCCGAGGUCUUCACCCCGAAGAUCAUACAAUUGUAUGAUUCUCUCUUCAAGGAUGACUACGAUGAUGAAGAGAAGACUGAUGGCUUCUGGACCGAGUUUUUCCUCCUCAGACCCGAUCGUGCCGCCCUGAAACGUAUCCUCAACGACCUGAGUCCGAGCCAUGUCUUGUCCCUCGAUGUUCGCACGCAGGAGCUCUUUGCGAGAGCCGUAGCUACUGUUAAGGGCGCGCAUAGUCUUGCGCAGCUACACGCGUUGGAAACGCUCAGUGUCUUUCUAUCAUGCCUCCUCUCCAAGAGGUAUCCUCAACCUAGUUCCGACAUCAUGGUUCUGCUCGCAGGACUCGACCACAUCGAUUCUGUCUUUACUGAGUUCGUCAGUGCUUUGGAGGCCAUAAUAAGGAACAGCAAGGACUUGGACGUUCGAUACAAGGCAAUCGAAGUGUUGUUAGCGGUAACAGCUGGAGCUUACCAAACAACACUGUUGACAUACUUGAUUCAAAGAGAUCUCUUCCCUGCAGUCAUGAAGUUCAUUCAAGAUUCAGCCACAUCAGACCAAGUACUACAACCGUUCACGUUACUAGGCCUGCUGGCCAACUACAACAAAUUCGAGUUCCAGAAUCCUUACCAACAACGACUAAACGACUUUGUCAACGAGGCUGUGAUUCAAAAGAUAGUUGGUGCCGUGGGACAAGCUUGUUCAACAGUUCGGUCUCGAUACAUCACUAUCCAGGAUGAUCUCCCUGAAGGCUGGACCUUCAGCGCGACCCUCAACAUGAUCGGACUUGGUGCAAUCGCACCUGGGCCAAAGCCUGUGAACAACCCAGUGUACGAUGUUGAGACCGCCAAGGCUCUCUUCACGCAGUUACCCGAGGAAGAAGCUGCUGUUCUUCUGGCUACAUACGACUUUACUCAUGCCAACAAGCUCUUCUGCUUCAACCUGGUCACAAUGGCAGCAGAGCCAGAUACUGAGCAGCCCAUCGCCAGCUAUCUCUCUCUCACCUCAUACCUUCUUCAGCACGCCUACCUCUCACCCCGAGCUACCUACUACGCUCAUCUCAACCUCAUGGUAUUCCGCCUCCUUAUUGAAGACCCCGCGAUUUGCAAGCGUAUUUGUAGCGAUGAUUCCCGCGUAGCAGUCCGUCUGUGUCGUCAACGCCAACCUUAUCUCCCCCUUGUCAAGGGCGAGCGAGUCCUCGCCAUAUCUCUUCUCGAUACCAUGAUCGAUGCUGUGAAUCAUAAUCUUAGGCGCCGCCUCGACGUCAGUCUUUAUACACUUUGCUUUGGCAUCAUGCUACGCAUCAUCUCGUAUCUGUCUCGCACACGUACACGCUUAGAGUAUCACUGGCCCGAGUUCUUCCGCUCCCUACUCUCCAUUGUCCGCUUCCUCGCCACAUACACAGCCGACCUCAAGGAUCUACCACAUAUCGACACCCUCCUCGACCACGUCGUCAACCUCAUCGCCCUCUCCCUUUCCGCCGGCGAGGCCUUCCUCCCUACGCCCGCUGACUACGACGAUCUCUUCUACAAGGUCGUCGAGUCAGGCGAGGUGCUUACUAAGUUCAAGGAGAACUACCGCUUGGCUAACCGCCACAGCAACUCCAUCGACACUCUCAUCAACGUCAGCGCGCACUACAACCAGAUGCUUUCCGAGGGCGGUGCGAGUCGCCGUAAGCCCAGUCUUUUGACGACACAGGAGGUCACAGAGGUUAUUCGUCAAGGAUACGAGACGUUGAGUAUCCAGGCCAAGGAGGGUUUGGACUCGUGGGAGCGAUACAGGGAGGCAGACGAGAGGACUCUGCUCAAGAAGAUGGCGAGGGCAGCAGUUGGUGACGUUCGUGUUAUGAUUGAACGGUAG